CAUGGAGCUUUUGUUCUUCAGUUUCCAGUUGACCAAAGAAAUGGUGAUGGAGAAGCCAAGUCCCCUGCUGGUCGGGCGGGAAUUUGUGAGGCAGUAUUAUACUCUGCUGAAUCAAGCGCCAGACUACCUGCACAGAUUUUAUGGAAAGAAUUCUUCCUAUGUCCAUGGUGGCUUGGAUUCCAAUGGAAAACCAGCUGAUGCAGUCUAUGGGCAAUCUGACAUCCACAAGAAGGUGCUGUCACUGAACUUUAAGGACUGCCACACAAAGAUCCGUCAUGUGGAUGCCCAUGCUACUCUUAAUGAUGGUGUUGUAGUCCAGGUGAUGGGAGAACUCUCCAAUAACAUGCAGCCAGUGCGCAGGUUCAUGCAGACGUUUGUACUUGCACCUGAGGGUUCUGUUGCAAAUAAGUUUUAUGUCCAUAACGACAUCUUCCGCUACCAAGAUGAGGUUUUUGGUGAUUCGGACACCGAGCCUCCAGAGGGUAACCAGACUAUGCCCAGCCAACUUAUGGUUGUGACCACAUUUUCGUGGGCAUCUGUAACCAGCAAGAACCUCCCACCCAGUGGAGCUGUUCCAGUAUUGGGAAUACCACCUCAUGUUGUGAAAGUACCAGCCUCGCAACCCCGUCCUGAGUCCAAGCCUGAAUCCCAGACUCCGUCACAGAGGCCGCAGAGGGAUCAGAGGGUGAGGGAGCAGCGAACAAGCAUCCCACCACAGAGAGGACCUAGACCAAUUCGUGAAGGUGAGCAGGGUGACAUGGAAACUAGACGGAUUGUUAGGUACCCAGACAGUCACCAGCUAUUUGUUGGGAACCUUCCUCAUGAUGUGGAUAAAACUGAACUGAAGGACUUCUUCCAAAAUUAUGGGAAUGUUGUGGAACUCCGCAUCAACAGCGGUGGGAAGCUCCCUAACUUUGGGUUUGUGGUGUUCGAUGAUCCUGAACCAGUUCAGAAGAUCCUUAGCAAUAGGCCCAUCAUGUUCAGGGGAGAGGUGCGUUUGAACGUGGAGGAGAAGAAAACACGAGCUGCCAGGGAGGGUGACCGCAGAGACAACAGACCACGUGGACCUGGAGGCACUCGGGGAGGGCUGGGAGGUGGGAUUCGAGGGCCUCCACGUGGAGGAAUGUCUCAGAAACCAGGAUUUGGAGCUGGAAGGGGCAUCGGGCAACGCCAGUGAAUGCAUCAAGGAUGUUGGCAUGGUGGCACAAACCCUUGUUCCUGCAGAUUUGUGAAUUUCAGCCUUGGGUAUCUUGGAAUGUGGCCCUGGCCUGUUAUAGACUGCUACGUUUGAUACUGUUUUGGCCCCUUUUUGUUUGUUAUGGUUUUGUGUUUUGGUUUUUUUUUUCCCCCCCCUAGUCCUUGUCCCAGAUUCCAGCUUUGUGGAACAAUAUUUUAGGAAAAGUGGAUUUUAAAAAGAAAAGAACGGAAGUUCCUUGCUCACUGCAAACUUACGGACUGGUAUUUUUUUUUUUGUGUAUACCAGUGGGUCUUUCCUAAAGGAAUGUGGUGUGUUUUUUUUGUUUUUGUUUUUGUUUUUGUUUUUUGCGCUCUAUAUUGAAAUUGGGUGCGUUUCAGUCAGUGGAAUAAUCUUUCACCUGCAUGUGUUCAAGAGCCUGUAGGAAAACCUAGCACUUGGCAAGCAUUUCAAGGCAGGAGAAACUAUUGUUUGUCCCUUGAGGGUCAUGUGCACAUCCUCUGGUCUGGCCAUGUUGCCACUUGAAAAAUUGACAUUCAUUCUUCUUUCUGUGGCGCUGUAAAAGUGGAAUAAAGGGUAUCCAUAGAAUCUUUUUUCUUUUGAUACAUGAUCACGAAAAGGAAUUCUAACUACUGUUUUACCACUUACAAAUUUUGGAUUGUGAGAUAGGUUUUAAAUGUCUAGAACUUGACUCUUAAAACAUUUUUCCUGAACUUGUGAAAUUUUUUAUUGAAAUAGGGAGGUUUUUUUCAUGUUUUAGUUUGUAUUUGUAUAAAAAAAAAACAAAAUUGUUGUGCCUUCUAUUUAUCUCUCAUUCCAGUCUUGGCAAAUUGUUAAAAAAUAAAAAAAGUCUAGAUUUGCUUUA